AUGAAGAGUGCUGUGAGACAGUUUACAGCAGCAUCUAGUACGGUCAUCAUCAUCAUGCGCUGCGUCCUCUUCGCCCUUCUGAACAUCGUCGUCUAUGCGAGAUGUUCCUGGAUGCACGAAGAAGAAAAAAAGCCUACUUUCCUGACCGCACCCGUCGGAAAAUCAGUGAUGUUUUCCUGUUCGAUGAACUUCCCUCGUGAUAUCGUAGUACCUUACACCCUCAGUUGGAUCAAAGAGGGAGAACGAGUAUUUACGAUCCAAGACGGUGUCAUGACCUCAGAGAAAGAGGGCUACAAAGGCCGGAUCGUUGUCACGAUCGCAGAUGGAAAAGCCAAGGUGAAUCUGACUGCAAUCCGAAAAACCGACCACGGCUGGUACGAGUGCAGGAUCAGCUUUCCCAACAGGACACCUUCCACCAGAGACAACGGCACUUGGUUUCACCUCGCCGUCCACGGAAGCGAUUUACUGGCUGUGCCACCGAUCAACCAGACAGUUCUAGAAGGUGAAGAUGUGAAGUUGGAAUGUGUAUCAAAGACGUCGACAGCAAGGGUCACCUGGUACAAAGAUGAUGUGCCGCUGUCCAACUUCCCUGAACUGAUCGGUAGGUCCUGGGUCGGACCUGAAGGCUCUCUGAAUAUUUCUAAUGCGCAGCCUUCAGACCCCGGGUAUUACAAAUGCGAAGUGGUUGCUAUGAAUGGCGAGACUCAAUCGGCAUCAGCUUACCUCAAUGUUUUUUAUAAAGCAAGAGUUAUUUAUACACCUAAAGAAGUUUUAUUUCCUAUUGGAAAGCCUGCUUCUUUAGAUUGUCAUUAUAGAGCAAAUCCAACUCUGACAAAAGUAAGAUGGGAAAAGGAUGGCUUUUUAUUUGAUCCAUUCAAUGUACAAGGGGUAUUUUCAAGGAGGAACGGAUCUUUAUUUUUUGACAAAGUGGAGGACAGCCAUGCUGGGGAAUACACCUGUACGCCAUCCAAUGAAUUAGGGACUACUGGGCCAUCUGAAAGUAUACUUGUAAUUGUACAACAUCCACCUCUAUUAGCACGUACACCAUACAAUUUGUAUAUAAGAAAUCCAGGUGACACGGUCCGUAUGAUAUGUGAUGUUUUGGAUGGUGACUUGACACCUAAUAUAGCUUGGACUAAGAAAGAUGGGAUGAUAGCAUUAGAAAGAGCUGUGAUAUCAGGGGGAAACCUGACUAUAAAGAACAUUAGAGACUCUGACAGCGGUAUUUAUCAGUGUGUUGUUUCAAACGAUACAUCAUCUGUAACAUCAUAUGCAGAACUCCUUGUUGAACAUAGAGGUCCUCAUAAUUUGACAGGUUUAUCCGAUAAUACAUCAGUUAUGCUUUCUUGGGAUCGAGGCACUACAGACGAAUUGGGUGAAUAUAGUGUCUGGGUCAAAGCGACAAAUGACACAGAAUGUAAAGUUGUCAAAUCGUACGGGACAAAUGUGGAAAUCACAUCUCUCAAGCCAGGCAAGGAAUAUGAAUUCAUGGUGCUUAGCCAAAAUCAUAAUGGUGAGCGUAUGUUCAGUAAACCGUUUAGAAUGGCCACAAAAGGCACACGUCGAUCUACCCAAACUAGACUUCUACCAUGCCAUCAACAACCUUACAGUGGCCAUGAAAUAAUUGGACCUCCAAGAAAUGUGAUGGUGACAAUGGGGCUUGAUGGCUACACUUUGGUUUGGGAACCACCUUUAGACGGGUUGCAGAACUUGGAUCACUAUGAAGUUGUGAAAAUGAGUAAUGAUGAUUCUUUCCCAAACUCCCAAUAUAUCACUAAAGAGACCAGUCUAUUAAUUGGAUAUCUUGAAGAUGGCGUGGUAUACCACUUUGGUAUGAAGUCUGUUUCAUCUGAUGGUGCUACGUCAGCAGAAGAAAAAUUAAUUCUUCACGUCCUAUCUCUUCAGAAGGCUGAAGCUGAACUGUUUUCCUUAUUUAUUGCCGCUUUAAUUGGUUUCUUAGUUGCCACUGCAUUUUUAUGCGUAUAUAUGAACCGAAUAUAUGUAAGAAACAAAAUUGAACAAUUUAAUUCACCGAGGCACUGAUGUCAGGUUUAGCGUUAACAACCAUAUUGUCUUAAGGCAGACUGUUAUCGCAUUUUUAAUUCUUCUCGAUUUGUACAUUAAUUUAGAUACUAUUAAUUAAUUUAUUUAUUAGUAAAAAUUAGUUUUAUUUUUCUACUGAGUGUUAUUAUGAGUUGGAUAAGUUUUGUUUACAAGUUGUAUACCACUUAAAUAUAAAUAAUGUUAAAGAGAUUAUAUAUUCCUUGUCUACAUGGAAUGACAGUUCAAGAUAAGAUCUCAUAGGAUAUGCUUAACACACAACUUACUAAAUAUGCUGAUUGUAACAUAAUUAAGAAAGCAUAUUAAACUACAUCAAUCUCAUUAAAUUUGCCUAUCAAGAAAAUUAACAAAACCUUUCAAAAUAUCUUAAAAUUAUUUUCUUUCAUUAC